UUGGAACGGAGAGAAGUGUAAGAUGGUAAUAGUGGUCCGGUCGGACUUACCUAUGGGAAGAGGCAAGACUGCCGCGCAGUGCGCUCACGCCGCCCUGGAAUGCUACCGCCAGAUCUUGAACAACAAGAAGAGGCAGUUGAUGUUCGAGACCUGGUUACAAAGUGGGCAGCCUAAGAUCAUUGUGAAAAUACCGAACGAGGAGGCACUGCUGACCCUAGCGAGCGCAGCUCGACGCGCUGGUUUAAUUACUGCCGUGAUAAAAGACGCUGGCAUAACUCAGGUGAAGCCCGGUACAAUCACAGUCGUCGGCAUAGGACCCGGCUCCAAUGAAGUUAUUGACAGUCUUACAUCGAGACUGAGAUUAUUAUAACUUUGUGUUACGUUCUUAUGUAACUUCAAAAGAAUGUCCGUUGCAAAAUCAAACCUUUUCACAUCCAAAUACAAUGAUUCGUCGAACAAUUUGAUAUUUAAAAAAUAACACGAAAGUUGUAACGUCUUUUAAUGUAAUUUUAGAAAAAAGAAAUGUAAUUUUUGUAUGAAAACGGUUGUAUCCUCUUUGGGCAGAUACCAAGUUCCUGAAAUGCUAUACACUGUAUAUAGUACUGUAUAGUGUAUUUAACACAUGUAUAUAAUGUAUAGAAAGAAUAUGUAUGCAACAAUAAAAUGUUAGUAAAUUAAAA